GGGAGAUGAAGAAAACAGGAAGCAAGCUCGGCUCGUUUUGGCGUUUUGUUUUCGAGGCAACAAAACAAAGUGGAAGCUAGCAAACAGAGGGAAAAGGUAUUCUUAAAAAUGAACAUUAGUAGUCCCGUGCAGACCAAUGACUGGACGAACACAAAGGAGGCGGUUGCUAACUUCCGUCGACUUCUCCUUUGUUCUAAAUGCUCAAACAUGAUGGAGGAGCCUGUGUGUCUGGGCUUGUGUGAGCAUAUGCUGUGCAGGCCCUGUGCCGGCCCCCGGGCUGGAGACGGCUGUGUGGUGUGUCACAGCCCCGCCUGGGUGAAGGACAUCCAAAUAAACAGGCAGCUGAGUAGCAUCAUACAAAUCUUCGGUGGUUUGGAGUCCCUGUUUAAUCCAACCAGACAACCAGAUGAGUCAACAGUUGCUGAAAUGCUAAGGCAGCCUGACGCUACAGUGUUAAAGCACAAGAAGAACUUCAAGAUUUGGUUCAGCCCCCGCAGUCGCAAGGUGCGCUGCACGGUGGAAAAGCCCUCUGAGGUGGUGGUGACAGGCGGCGUGUCCUCUGAGGAGACUGGUGCAGCACAGCAAGGGGUUCCCGCUGACCGGCGCCAGGAUCUGUCGGUCUUUAAUUUUAUCACGUCCUCCCAGGACUCUUCCUCACCGCAACGAAGCAGCGGUGUUAACAGACAAAGGAAGAAAAGGGCAUCUAAGAACAGUGCCAAAAACAGCCGUGCACAGGUGCAAGGGCCUGCUACAACCACACGGAAACAGACAAAGCAGAAUGUGAGGAAGAAGAGGCUGGAAGCUAUAAACUUGCAAUGGGGAAUUGCAGAGGAGGCACUUCCCUCACCUGAGCUGGAGCAGCUUUGUGCUGAUGGGCCACGGAGGUCCAGUAAAAGGGUUUCUUUCCUAAGCCCUGCUGCCACCUCUGAGGAACCUGAGCUUGAAGUGCCACAGGGCAGUACUAAUGAACCCAGUCCUGCCAGCAGCACAAUGAGAGACGGCCUCCCCAGAGACAGAAUCAAUGUACUGAAUCACCAAACCCAGUCUGGUCAGAGCACGUCAAACAGUGUAGCUCUCUAUGAUGAACUACCUGCGAAAGACUCCGGCCCAAAUGAUAAUCCUGAAAAGCAGAUGUCUCCGUCCGAAAAACAUUCAAAAAGGACCAGAGCUAAAAGAGAAAACAACACUUUGGAAAACACUCCAAAAAGGCCAAGGGCUUCUCUGGGCAGAGGGAGGAAGUCAGGUCGUCAGUUGUCUCCGGCUAUCCUUAACCUCCAAUCCUCAGCUACUCCCAAGGCCAAUAAGAGUGUUAAAAAAUGUAGAAAAGAGGAAAAGCUUAGUCCCCGUGUAGCACACGUUGCAUCAGCGGUAAACCCCAGCAAAUCUCCCAGCAGUCCCAGAUUGUCAGGAGGACGUCCCAGUCCAUCAGGGGGACGUCCCAGCCCAGGAAGCCCUGCAGUUAUGAAGAGGAACCACAAGGGAGAGACCCCACUGCACCUGGCUGCAAUUAAGGGAGAUGUAGAGGCUGUCAGGGAGCUACUGGACCAAGGAGCUGAUCCCAACCUGAAGGAUAAUGCUGGAUGGACUCCUUUGCAUGAGGCAUGUAACCUGGGCCACCUGGCUGUCGUGGAGGAGCUGGUCUCAGAAGGAGCUCUGCUGAACACACCUGGAUACGAAAACGAUUCCCCCCUCCACGACGCUGUGAGAAAUGGACAUGCAGGCAUCGUCAAACGGUUACUUCAGCUCGGCGCCUCGCAGAGUGUUCUGAAUCUGCAUGGAAAGAGGCCCGCAGAUUAUGCUGUGAGCCAGGAGAUGCUGGAGAUUUUCCAGAACGCUGCAGAAGGAGCCCAGCCUGCUAAUUCUCACACAUCUCCCAGCCCCUCAGCCAAUCGUUCAGUGGUGAGUGAGUGUAUGAGAAGGGAUCAAACUCCGGUGUUUUUCGCCAGUAAGCUGUCUGGGCCAGAGCGGAAGCAUCUGGCCAGACUGGGAGUGCUACUGGGAGGGAGAACUGCUGACACCUUUUAUGGCUCAGUGAGCCAUGUCGUGGUGCCAGAAGGACAAAUGCCCACCACCUACUCCACCCUCCUGGGUCUUCUUGCUGGCUGUUGGGUUGUCAAAUACAGCUGGGUGGAAGCGUGUCUGCAGACAGGGACGUGGCUGCCUGAAGCUGAGCAUGAAGCAGGAGAAGGCCCUCGGCGCAGUCGCAUCAACAGAUGUAGCUUGCUACCACCACUCUUCGAUGGCUGUUUCUUCUUCCUCCUUGGCCACUUUAAGUCUCCCUCCAAGGACGAGCUCACCAAGCUGCUGCGGGAGGGCGGAGGCCAGCUCCUGAGCCGGCAGCCUAAGCCGGACAGCGACGUGACCCAGACCCUCAACGCAGCAGCUUACCACGCCCUGCCCGGCUCCGACCAGGCCCUCUGCACUCAGUACAUCCUCUACGAGCCUCUGGGUCCCUACAAGCCUGCGGUGGUGAGACGGGGUAAGGUGUGGUCCGCCCCCUCCACCUGGCUCAUGGACUGCAUCGCAGCCUUCAGCCUCCUCCCCGUGCCAGAACCUCAAAGAGCGCCCUGA